AUGCCCAACCCUCUGCUGGCGCAUGAUGCCUCACCAGCCCUCAGACUCAGCAUGCAGAUGCGUGCACGACACCCAGUCCCGUUUCUGCCCCGCCCCUCUGCUUGUGUGGGCAAACGUGUACACGUACAGAAGGAGAAUGGCCCAGGAGGGGGCGGAGCAGUUUUGGUACAGGAUGUGUCAAAUUCGGCGGCGCCCCGGCACGGCUACCGUCCGCGCGAGGCCCUACUCCCCGGUCCUCAGCGCCUUCCGCGCCUUCUUGCUCUUCUGCAUCUUCUUGGCCGUGGCGCUGGACACCCGCACCGUCACCUCGCUCUUCUUGCGGUUCUCCUCCUUCUUGCGCAGCACCUCCUCGCGCUGGGACUUGAGCAUCUGGCGAGGGCGGGGAGGGUUGGGGGGGGUGAGAGGGCUCUUAGAUGUGUGACCACUGGCCAGACCGACGAGUCCAUGCUGCAGGCCAAGCAACCUCAAGGGGCCACCCACCCCAGGACCCAGGGACUCACCCCCUUCUUCGCCUUCCAAGCGGCCUGCGACUCCCGCUUCUGUUCCAAAAAGGAAGCCUUCUCCGCUUUUAUCCUCAUUUUCUCAUCCCAGCUGGUGGACAGUUUGGGGUUGCGGAGUGUGCCUGCACGCUCGCCUGCCUGCUUCCAGCUACGCCCAGACACCUGCAGGCCAAGGUUGGUUGAGUGCUUGGUCAUCUGGAGGAGUUUGUAG